AUGCCGCGCAGAAGCUAUCGCCAUGGGCCUCAAACCUCCAUUUAUCCAUACUCGACCCUUUCGGAGGUUUUUGACGCAACUGCAAAACGAUUACCAAACAAAACCGCAGUGAUUGUUUACCAGAGUCGAGCUGAAAGAGAAUGUUGGACAUUUUCAGAGCUUCAAAUAAAAUCCAUUGCCUUGGCGUCGGCACUGCAUCAACGAGGCUACAAGCGUGGUGACCGCGUGGCCAUAUUUGCUCCCAACUGCUCUGAAUACUUACCAGUUGUGAUAGCGCUGAGUCGCAUUGGGUGCAAUGCUUUCCUUUUCAGCAACUUAAACAGCCUUGUUGGCGACGUUGAGCAGUACGCCUGCCGCGCUUUGGUCAUGUACGUCGGAACCAUCAAAGAAAGAAAGGCAUGCGAAGAAAUAGCCAAGACGACAACGCAAAUUAUCACCUUCGGUCCAAACUCUGUCGGCAUUGCCGGGUCUUCUGUUUGCCUGAGUACACUGGUUGAAGAAGGACAUGCUCUAGGUUACUAUCAGCUGCCAGCCGCGGAAAACUUCACCCCGGAUGAUCCGCUCUUUGUCUUCUUGACGUCUGGCUCCACAGGAAAACCAAAAUGUGUACAGUACACACACAGUUCGUUUCUUCGUUUCUCCUCUUUCAGCAAAACGAUGGCAGUUACAGAAGGCAGUUGUUUCUUCAACGACCGGCCAAUGACGUGGAUCGGCGGGAUGAACACUCUGCUCACGAUAGCUGUUUUUGGAGCAACGUCAAUAACCAUGAAUACGGCUUUAGUCGUUUCUGAAAGAGAUGUCGACUGUGUUAUGGGUAUAUUAAAGACGGAGCGAUGCACUCACGCAGUAAUGAUGCACUAUUUCAUGGUUGAUCUACUCGCCCGAGACGACCCUUCGCUGCUCGACGUACCUAGUCUUCAGUAUAUACUCACAGGUGGGCAAAUACUGGACAUGAACGUCGCAAAAGAUAUCAUGCUACUUUUUCCUCACGCGAAGCACAUGAUUAAUGGCUAUGGUUCAACUGAAGUUGGCGUGGCCUCCAUAAGACAGUUCACAGGCAAACCGUGCUCAGAAUACAUGGUAAUCAGUGAAGGUGUUGAAAUAAAGCUGAUUGAUGAAAAUGGUCUAGAUGUCCCUCCUGACACAGAAGGAGAGCUAUGCAUCCGCUCUCCUUGGAUCUUACCCAAAUGCUAUGUAGAUAACGAAGAAGCAUCACGAAAAGCAUAUGACGGUACAGGUUGGUUCCACACUUCAGACAUCGCAAUGAUGAAUGCUGAUGGAGAAAUCAAAAUCUGCGGCCGUAAGGACGACAUGAUAAAACGUGCGACUAUCAAGGUUUUCCCUGCAGAAGUUGAGAAUGUUAUCUCAGAGCAUCCUGCUGUUAAACAGGUUGUCGUUGUGGGUGUACCGGAUGCUAGGCUUGGAGAAGAGCUCUGCGCAUGUGUUGUUUUGAACGAAGGGUGUGAAGCAAAAGGCCUGCAAGAAUGGUGUAAGGAUCACUUUUCGGUGGGCCCUGACGGGAUGUCACUGGCACCAAAGUACUUCGUUGUAUGCACGGAUUUCGCAACUACAGUCACUGGAAAAACGGACAGAAAAUCAGUGAGGCAAUUGGCAAUGAAGAAGCUUAACAUGCAGUGA